AUGUUUCACGAUGAAGCUCAGUUUUAUUGCUUUCAGUUCGAUUUCAAUGGACGAGUACUGAAUGAAGGUAAACUCAAAGAAUUAAAACAGAUUCUAAAGAGUAAUCCGGAUAUCAUUGAACCUAUAUUUACCGAUUUUUUGAAAUAUUUCCGACAAAAUGAUUGUGAAUAUCGUUUGGCUGUUUUACAACUUUGUGCUGAACUCUUCCAACGUUCUCAUGUUUUCCGUAUUCAGUUGACCAGUCAUAUGCAGGAAAUUUUGUUGUAUACAGCGGAAACAGAUCCUCUUCAUUAUCCCCUGCCACCUCCCAAAGAAGCUGCUAAAAUCCUCAAAUUAGAGAUUUUGAAACUUGUCAAACUUUGGCAUGAGAAAUAUGCGGAAGCCUAUCCGAAAUUGGAUUUUGCUGUCAAUUUCUUACGCUCUUCAAAAUCUUUGGAUUUUGAACACGCCAGUGCAGAGCUUCAGAUUGAAAGGCAACGCGCUGAAGAAGUAAAUCGAAAAAAAGAUGAACAGAGUAAACAGCUGGUCGCAAAAGUUGAAAAGGAAUUUAAAGAACGACAAGAGGAAAUUUUACGUUGUAUCAAUGAGACACGGCAUGCACUCGAGCUCCUGGUGCCACGAUUUGAUGUUGAUGAAGGUGCAAAUGGUGAGAGACACCUCGGAUGUGAGAAUGAGAUGACCCAUGGAUACAGUGUACUUGAACCAGUAGCUGUAACUGUUCCAUUGAAUGCACCAGUUGUAAAUGUAAAUGGAGAAAAUGAAAUAAUCAUAAAUGCUUUGAUAGAUUGUAUCAGAAUGUUACAAUUUUGUAAAAAAAUCAUUUGCCGCUGGCUUGUCAAGCUUGGGAAAUAUGGUGGGAACAAUGGGCAGAGAUUGUGCAAGGAAAUCGUCGAUUUAAAAAACAGGAUUACAGUUGAAUUAGAGAAGUGUGAAGAAUUGCAUCUACAAAAUAGGCAAAAAUCAGAUGAGGAAGACUGCGAAACAGACGAUCUUGAAGAAGUGCCAGAAAAAGAAGGUUUGGAGCUGUAUUGCAAACCACCAGAAGAGUUGCCAGAAUAUAUUUUACGAAAAACAAUGGAAAACGUGGGCGAUGAUUUGGUUGGCCCCAGCAAAAUUCAUGGAAUGCAGGAUCUACUAAAUUCAUCUCUGGGUCGUAAAAAGAAUGAAAGUCAUGAAAAUGAAGUACCGGUCUUGCUGUAUGGACUUGAUUUGAAAUACUGGGGUGAAAAUGACGUCAAACCUGCUGAAGUGCCGCGAAAUAAUGCCGACUGUCAUCGAUUCUGGCGUCCUUCAGAUGAAAGCUGUUCAACGAAUUUGGAUAUCGCAGAAGCAUAUCGCGCACGAGUUAUGACGUUUGUUGGUCAGCAACUAAAGAGUAGUCGACAAUGUCGUGCUCCGCUCAAUGAUGGGACGUUAUGUCCUCGCAUGGACCUAAAACGUUGUCCACUACACGGAAAAAUCAUUGAUCGCGAUGAGAUGGGAUUUCCGGUGGACGAAAUCAUUCAGAUAUCUUGUAAUGCAGAACGUAGUGCAAAGGAAGAAGAAGAAUAUAUCAGAGAUGUCGAAGCUGCCACUGGUGCUAAUUUGAGGGGAAAGAUAAAACGAGGAAAGAGGAAACGAGAAGAUAUCCAUAGAGAUGCACCUGUUGCCGUAAGAAACAGACUUAGUGCUAAAUUAUUCAAGCGAAACACAAUAAAACGUGUUUACGAAACAUUAGAAUUUAUUCGAAAAGCAAGAGCAGCAAAGAAUUUCGAGCACCAGUUCAAUUAUGCGUUAACUAGAAUUUGAUCAGCAUUAGAAAAUUUGCAGAUCCAUCCAUGCUUUCAAGAAUUUGCAGAAAUUUCUCGCUGAUUUGAUUUGAUUGCAGUUAUUAAUUUUGCUGAUAAGUUUUGUUAGAGAUAUGGACAAAUGUUCUACAUACUGCAUAUUGGAAAAUAGUACAAGUUAUGUUUCUAAUUUCAUAACAUUUUUCAUGAUCAUGGUAAUGCUUAUGAGAUGAAUAUCAAUUUAUAUAUGCAGAUUAAAGUGAUCCUGUAGACCAGUUAUUAAACAUUAUUGAAUUAUUGGACUAGACAGCCUCACAAAAGGUAUGCCUGAAACUCUUAUAA